AUGGUUGUCUGUCUGUGUGUAUAUUAUGCAGCUAAAGUGACAUUAGAAUUACCAGUCAUUAUGUAUGGAAAAAUAUUUGAUAAAACUGAAGAAGUUUAUUUAGCUGAUAGUAGAGGAAUAUUAACGUUGACUGAACAUUUAUGUUUUAAAAUAGAAAAUGAGCAAAAUAUAUUUGGAGAUGAUAUCUCAACAUUAUACAAAAGCAUAGCAAUGGGUAUUGCACAAAUAUUAGGCAACGAUAUUCAAACCUCAACAACGAAGAUGUUAAGUAAAAAAAUUAGCAUAUUUUUUCUAAUAACAGUAUCAUCGAUGACAAUGUCACUAGCAAAUAAAUUAUCUACGAUUGACGACCUUAUUCAUGAUGAUGGCGCGGAUAUUGAUGACGAAGUAUAUUAUACACGCUUCGAUAGAGUUCGACGAGCUGAUCAAGAAUAUGUAGGUUUUAAUUUAAGGUGUCCGCAAUUCAAAGAAAUACAACAACGACAGCGGGCACAAUCUAUGUCUCAAAAAGCAUUAGAACCGGCAGCGCAUCAACAAGCAAAUCACAAUCGUGGCGCAUUAGCUUCAUCAAAACCAAUAGCUUUAAGUCCGGGUGCGUCGGGAGAUCACAAAUCACAGUCAGCUGUUGAGAAACCAUCUCGUCAAAUGUAUUUAUUUGAUCUAAAAAGAAGUAAUUUAAAAAACAUUGAUCUAAUACAAUAUAGUAAAAUGAAAUACGGAGAUAGAGCUUCAACAGACAAAUACGGUAUACAAUUGGCCACACAUUUUAUCGAAAAAGAAGGUUUUACGUGUGAGAAAAGUUCACAAUAUUUGUUUGCAUCUAGUGCCUAUCGUCACGUGCCCGUUGCUGCAACAUGGCUAUUUCGAAAACUUGUCGAUGCUCUACAAGACAAAUUGAAUUGUUCAUCCGGUGCCAUUUCAUCAUUUAAAAUAGAACGUAAAUCAUUAACAUCCGGUGAUUUUAGUAAGAUGGAGGAGAAAGCCCGAAAGGAAGCCAUGGAUAAAACAGAGCUGGAAAUUGAUGACACACUAAUCCAUGGAAAAACACUGGUUAUUUUAGAUGAUGUUGUAGUGACUGGAUCACAUGAAGAAAACAUUAAAAAGUAUCUACGUGGAAAAUCUCAUGCGGGAUCCAUUUUCUUCUACAUAGCCAAAAUAAAUCCAGAAGAGAAGGCAAAAAUUGAAGACGAAAUAAAUAGCAAAGCAAUGACUGGUAUAAGUGAUUGGAUACAAAUAGCUAAAGACUCACCCUAUAUUACUGUUCGAUAUUUGAAAUAUGUGCUUGAAAAUGAUAAAAUUGAUUUUACCGAAUUUCAACAAAACCUACCAUUACUUUAUCGACAAGCGCUCGAACAAAUUAUGUUAAUGGAGGAUUUAGAUCAACUUUUACCCAAAGGAUUCAAAAAAUUCAAGGAAAAUGCGCUCGGAGAAUGA